AUGAAGACUAAUUUGCUUCCAGUUGCUCCGAUCGAAUCGGAAAAAUCGAUCGUUCUAUCGGGAUUAUCGGGACGGUAUCCGCGGUCGAACAAUGUGCAACUGUUUGCGCAAAACCUCUACAACAAGGUCGAUCUCGUGGACGACAAGGAGGAUCGCUGGCGUCAUACUCACCCGGACAUCCCGAAAAGGCUCGGUAAACUGAACAAUCUGGAAAAGUUUGAUGCCGAUUACUUUGGCUACAGCUUCAAGGAGUCGCACACGAUGGAUCCUCAGCAGCGGAUGCUUCUAGAGCACUGUCACGAAGCGGUAAUGGACGCCGGACUUCACUUGGACGAUUUGCGCGGCACCAACACGGGUGUGUUUGUCGGAGUGUCCAUGGUGGAGACAGAAACUUACUGGACGUACAAGAAGGUGCAAACGAACUACAAGAACGUGAUGCCUGGCUAUUCAAGAAGCAUGCUUGCCCUUAAGAUUGCCCACGCUCUUGACUUAAAGGGUCCCACCAUGGCAGUUGACACGGCCUGCAGUAGUUCACUGUACGCACUCGACUGGGCCUGCAAAGCUAUUCGUCAGGGACAGUGCGAUUCUGCCUUUGUGGCUGGUACCAAUCUUACUCUCCAUCCGUACAUCACGCUGCAGUUUGCACUCCUGGGAGUUCUGGCUGCGGAUGGAUACUGUCGGCCGUUCGAUAAAAAUGCGUCAGGCUAUUCGCGCUCCGAAGCCAAUGCCGUUAUUCUGCUGCAGAAGGCAAAGGAUGCCAAACGCAUUUACGCGCACGUUGUCAACACGAAAACCAACUGCGGGUACAAGCUCGAGGGAAUCACCUUCCCGUCGAACAAAAUCCAAAAGCAGCUGCUGGAUGAGCUGUACUCCGAAGUGCCCUACGAUCCCAAGGACAUCUGCUAUGUCGAGGCCCACAGCACCGGGACGAUCGUCGGCGAUCCGGAAGAGUGUGACGCCAUCGAGAAGGUGUUUUGUCCGGGCCGCACGGAACCGCUGCUGGUGGGUUCGGUUAAAUCGAACAUCGGCCACUCGGAAGCAGCCGCUGGCAUCUGUUCCAUCACCAAGUGCAUCAUCGCAAUGCAGAACAAGCUCAUUCCGCCGAACAUUAACUACACCGAGCCCCGGACGGAUGUCCCGGCGCUGCUCAACGGGAAGCUCAAAGUGGUUGACCAACCGACACCGCUCGAGGGCCCACUGGUGGCAGUGAAUUCGUUCGGGUUUGGUGGUGCCAACGCGCACGUGUUGUUACACACAGGAAGUAAGGAAAAAAUCAAUGGUGGAUAUCCUUCAGACGACCUCCCGCGACUGAUCAUUUGGAGCGGACGUACGAUGGAAGCGGUGGAUACAUUUCUCGAAAGCCUUGCUGGGCAAAACUUCGAUGCGGAACUGUACGCACUCACUCACAACAUCCAAAGAAAAGCGAUGGCAAGAAUGGACACUCGCGGCUACGCUAUCUACACGGGCCGUAACGAUGGUACCGCUGAGCUCGUUCAAAAGAAUGUCGCCAAGAUCAAGAAAUCAUUCCCGAAAAUGGUUCUAAUCUUCGGACAGCUAGAUUACGAUUGGAAAACAACUCUGCGAUCGUUUGAAAAGUUCCCCACUUUCAAAGCCUCCUUGAAGCAGUGUAUCAACUUACUGGAAAGUUUUGAACUGGACACUAUUUUCGACAAAGAGUGUCAGGUGAAUACCCUCCACAGGGUGGUUUGGACACUGGUUUUGCAGAUUGGCAUUUACAAUGUCCUCAAGUCGCUUGGCCUCAAGAUUGAUCUGUACGGUGGGUACUCUGUUGGUCAAAUUACCUGUGCAUACAUUGAUGGGGUCUUAACGCUUCCCGAUGCCAUCCGGGUCGCUUUUGCUCACGGUGCACUGCUGGCAUCGUUCAACAACCCGGAAACAUUCAACUACAGGGAAAUCAUCACGGACCAUGCGCUAAAAUCCAAACUGAGCUCCAUUUUGCAGUCGUUCAACUUUGCAAAGCCCACCAACAACUGGAUCAACUCAACUGCGGAGUUGUCGUUCAAAAUUUACGAUCCAAAGGGCCUUAAUGAGUUGUUCAACAGGAUCGACAGUGACACCGUUGUGCUGCAGCCUUUGCCGUCGAUUCAGUCGACGGACAGUGUUUUGAAAUGCUUCCUUAGCACCAUAGGACGAGCAUUUCUCAACGGUAGAAACUGUAACUUGCUGGACCUAUAUCCACGGGUUUCUUUCCCGGUGUCAGUUGAAACACCCAUGAUCUCGCCGUUGAUUCGCUGGGAUCAUUCUUUCAACUGGCAUAUAAGCAGUUUUGUUUCGAAAAAAAUGUCCGACCAAAGGACGUUCAAGUAUAUGGUCACACUUGCAGAACAAGAGUACAUUGCUGGCCACUGCAUCGAUGGAAGGAUCCUAAUUCCUGCUACCGAGUAUCUGAACCUUGUUUGGGACUCCUUCACCAGUGCGGGUGGCACGAUAAAAGAUGAGGUUCCGAUCGAGUUUUGUCAAGUGGAAUUUUUACGCGCAACUACUCUUAAGAACGACCAAGUAGUUACCCUUUUCAUCGAAAUCAACAGCAUUACUGGGCACUUUGAAGUGAUGGAAGGGUCUGCCCUGGUGGUGACAGGAAUAGUGCGGAAACUCCACAACUAUACUCCAAGCCUCGUACCAUCGCGGCGAAACGAUUCAGAAUCACAGCUUCUUCCGACGAAAGAUUUUUACAAAGAGCUUCGUCUUCGAGGAUAUCACUAUGGGGGUUUAUUCAAAUCCGUGAUUGAGUCUACCACCGAUGGUAGAUGCGCGAAGAUCGAGUGGAAACAGAACUGGACGGCCCUGUUGGACUGCAUACUGCAAGUGGCAAUAAUAGCCGAAGAUUCAAGAUCGUUGGUAAUUCCUACUCGCAUCGAUUCCAUUAAAAUCGAUCCGGUGCAUCAAAAGAACUGGCUUAACUACGACAAUGGAAUGCCCUACUACACGGUGGCGCUGAACCGCGAUCUGAAUCUGUUGCAAUGUGGUGCGAUUACGAUCCAGGGACUCAAUGCAAGCACCAUCGCCCGUCGCCUUCCGCCCGGAGUGCCAGUUCUUGAGAGCUACAAGUUUGUUCCAUUUUAUCCUCAGCAUACUCUUCAACCAGCCGAUGCAGCAUCUGUAAUCAUCCAAACUAUUCUCGAAAAUCAACCCACACUGCUCUUUACGGUCACGGAGGUGCACUCACCAACACGAUCGCCGGUACUUUCACUUUUCGGAGAUGCCAUAGGAGACCUCCCGUUGAUCAAAGCUCAACUCACUCUCUCCAACAAAAAACCUGAGCCAAUACCGAACGUCACCAUCUCAGAGGACAAGCUCAUGAAGCAACGAAACGUGCUGCUACUGAUUUGCGAAAAUCUGUUUGCAGAUGACGAAUUCAUAUCGGAUGCCAUCAACUGUCUUUCGGAUCAGGGUUUCAUCCUUCUGCGUGAAACUCCACAAUACAAAAUCAAAAAUUGCCAUCGCCGCUUGCAGCUAGUGAGCACGAUAACGGUGGCAGGUGAAAUACUCCUGCUACUGAAGCAGAAGCGAUCAGCUCUGAACACUUCUGUCGAUGCACACGUUAUCAAAGUCUCCAGAAAUGACCCGAACCACCAUUGGUUGAUGGAACUCAAACAACAGAUCAAAACUAAUCCAAUAAUUCUCUACGCUCAGGACGAUGCUUGGUCUGGAAUCAUUGGUCUUGUUAACUGCAUCCGCAAGGAACCCAAUGUGCAAAACGUCUCCUGCUUUUUCAUCGAUGAUCCUACGGCGCCUUCCUUCGAUCCAACCGAUGAAUUCUACAAAGAACAAAUUGACCUCGGGCUGGCCAUCAACGUAUAUCGGAACGGACAAUGGGGUUCUUAUCGCCAUUUCAAACUAUCCGAGGACAUCCAACCUCAACCAACGGCUGAACACUGUUUUGCAAACUGCGUCAAGCCUGGCGAUCUCUCGUCCUUCGCAUGGAUGACCGGUCCGCUUAGCGAACGCAAUUCAAAAAUUCCUUUGAUUAGAGUAGUGUAUAGUUCACUUAACUUCAAAGAUGUUAUGCUUGCCACUGGACGCUUGACUCUAGAUACAUCUUUUACUAGCAGAUUGGAGCAAGAGUGUGUUUUAGGAUUCGAGUACUCUGGAGUCACCACGACGGGAAAGCGCGUCAUGGGAAUCAUACCAGCAGGCUCAAUGGCAACAUUGAUUGAAGCUGACCCUCUCUUCACUCUGGAAGUACCCGAAGAAAUUACCUUAGAACAGGCUGCCACCAUUCCGACAGUUUACGCUACGGUGUAUACUGCCUUCUUUAUCUGCUCACAAAUCCGGAAAGGAAACUCCAUUCUCAUCCACGCUGGAACCGGAGGCAUUGGAAUAGCUGCCAUUCGUGUGUGCUUAGCAUACGGCCUGGACGUGUUCACCACUGUGAGCACAAAAGAGAAACGGGAGUUUUUGUUGAGUUACUUCCCAGCCUUAAAUCCAGACAACAUCGGCAACUCGCGGGACAUUACCUUCGAAAAUCUCAUCAAACUACGCACCAACGGUCGUGGCGUUGACUUCGUGCUAAACUCUCUCUCCGAGGAAAAGCUUCAGGCAUCGGUACGCUGUCUGGCCAAAGGUGGACACUUUCUGGAAAUUGGAAAGUACGACAUGAUGAAGGACUCCAAGCUGGCGAUGUCGCUCUUCCAGAAGGGACUCUCCUUCUCGGCGGUGUUGGUUGAUCUGAUGUUUAGAGAAAAGCGAGAGCUGAUGAAGCACUUACAAAAGCUCAUAAUGAAUGACAUGAAACGGGGAAUCAUUCAGCCUCUGCCCACGACCAUCUUCCAAGCACAUGAGAUCGAACAAGCGUUCCGUUUCUUGGCUACCGCUAAGCACAUAGGGAAAGUGGUGCUCAAGAUUCGUGACAACGAGAACGAUCUCACUUCCGUUCCGAUAUCAUACCUUCCGCGGAUCUACUGUCACCCGGAACAAAGCAUCGUUAUUGCUGGAGGCCUUGGUGGCUUUGGACUGGAGUUGGCUGAUUGGUUAAUCAUUCGAGGAUGCCGGAAACUGUUGCUCAGUUCAAGCAGAGGAGUGACGAAACCUUACCAGCAAUAUCGCAUAAACACCUGGAAGACUUAUGGCGUGAAUGUGCACAUUUCGACCGAAGACAUUGCUACCGAACAAGGAUGUCGUCGGUUGCUGCACCAGGCAAUCGACUUGGGACCUAUCGCUGGAAUCUUCAACCUGGCCGUUCAGCUCAGGGACGCCAUUAUCGAGAACCAAUCGGUGGACAAAUUUGCAGAGUGUCUUGCUCCCAAGGCGAAUGCUACGCAGCAUCUUGACGUCGUCAGUCGAGAGCUGUGCCCAAUGCUCAAGCACUUUGUCGUUUUCUCUAGCGUUUCGUGCGGUCGGGGCAACGCUGGCCAAUCUAACUACGGUAUGGCUAACUCCAUUAUGGAACGCAUCAUCGAACGUCGGGUCGCUGAUGGGCUACCUGGAAAAGCCAUCCAAUGGGGCGCAAUCGGUGAGGUCGGCAUUGUGGCCGACAUGCAGGAGGACAAAAUCGAUAUGGAGAUCGGUGGAACCCUUCAGCAGAGACUCUCCUCCUGCAUACAGGUGCUCGAUCAACUUCUCUCGUCGAGCGAACCCAUCGUGGCCAGCAUGGUGGUGGCCGAGAAGCGCAGCUCCAGCGGUGGGGCAAAGAACAUUGUUGAAGCUGUUAUGAAUAUUAUGAAUAUUCGCGACAUGAAGUCCAUUUCCGUUGAAAGCACCCUGGCCGACAUCGGCAUGGACUCGCUGAUGGCUGUCGAGAUUCGACAGGUCUUGGAACGCGACUUUGACAUCAUUUUGACUCCUCAGGAUUUGCGCACGCUGACAUUCUCCAAGUUGCAGAAACUAGCCGACUCCAAGGCAGAGAACGAAGCUCAAGAGUCCGUUGCCAAACAGUUGCAGCUCGAGGACUUGCUGGCUAGUUUCGGUGACGAAACAGCUAGCCAUCACACGGUUCUCCGUUUACCGUCUCGAUCGAACGAUCUUGAGUAUGAUCUGGCCGUUCUAAUCAUUCCAGGCAUCGAAUCCGUUUGCAGCCCAGCUUGGACGAAAAUUGCCUCCGAGAUCAAUGCUCCUACCUUCAUACUGCAAUCCUUCGCCAAGGCCACCGAUGAACAAACCAUUCCCGGCAUCGUGGACUCCGUGUUUGAAGAAAUGUUUGAAGCGGUCUUCGCGAAAUGCAAACAAUUUCUGGUCAUUGGAUACUCGUUUGGGUCUCUGUUGGCCCUCGAAAUCGUAAAGCGCCUGGAGGCGCAUUCACUGCACGGCAAGCUAAUGAUGGUCGAUGGCUCUCCGCUGUAUCUUCAACGGUUCGCGAGCCACCAUCUUACCGGAGCGGAUGAUGAGCACGUACAGAUGGCGAUCCUCACACUCGUCCUUUCGUUUAUCUUGCAAACGACAACGCAAGAUAUCAUUAAACCCAUAAUGGAUGAACCUACGUACCAUGCACGGGUUGAGAAGCUAAUGCAAGUGGCACGCGAACUGACUCCCUUUUCCGAGGACUACUCACGCAAAAUGAUGAGCAUUCUUUUCCACCGUAUUAAAGCUACAAUGAACAUGAGUGCGGACGCGAAGGAACGGGUAAACGCGCCACUAGUUUUGGUACGAUCUAGAAUGAUAGCAGACAUUGAUGAGGAUUAUGGCCUCAGCAAGUUCACACAAUCAUCGCUGAUCGUCAAAAUCAUCGACGGUACUCACCAAACUAUGCUGGCGAAUCCGGAACUUAUUGCCAUCAUCAACAAUGACACUCUUUAAUACGCUCAAAUCAUUUUGUCUAUUUAGUUAUUUAUAAAGUUAGCGAUGAUUUUAGUAGCAAAUUUGGGUGCAAUAAUAAUACAAAAUAUACACGCAC